CGCCAGUGUGGCCGCUUUUGUUUUGCUGACCCGGAGAUACUCCGUUUGCAUUGGCAACGCUGCGGCCGACGAAGGUUUUGCGUUUUCUUAUUCAAAGAAAGAAAGGAAGAGCGCAGCUGAGCGGUUUGCUGGAAUCAUAUUGUGCUCCACAGAGGAAUUCUUUGCGAAAUUUCAGCAAAGACUGUGUGGAGGAUAAGGCAUAGGCCUAUUUAUUGCACAAUGACCAGUUCCUCCACACCCCGAAUGCAUACAUACAAAAGGACUUCUAGCCCUCGGUCUCCAACUAAUACUGGGGAACUCUUCACACCUGCACAUGAAGAAAAUGUGCGCUUUAUCCAUGACACAUGGCUCUGUGUUCUAAGAGAUAUUAAGUCACCUCAGAAUAGUGAACGUGGACCACAAGAAUAUGUGGAGAAAAACCCAAACCCCAAUCUCCACUCCUUCACACCAGUUGACCUAAGCGACCUCAAGAAGCGCAACACACAAGACUCCAAGAAGUCUUAGUGAAUUUCCUCUCUCACUUUGGUUCAACAGCUUUUUUGCCCCCACUCACUCUCUUUGGGACCUUUGUAUGCCACCAACCUUCUGUCUGCCAACAAUAUGCCAACUUGUUGGGCCACCUUAGUCCGGAAAGCCUCUGCCUUUUCUGUCCCAUAGACCUGUGGUCUGGACAAACUGGCUGACAUAUCUUCAAGACCCAUUCAAUCCCUGAUUCUUUACCCUUCCCAUUCUGUAUUCGGACACUCUAGUUCUGAAUCCAUUCACCACUUAUUGACAGAUAUGGGUAGGCAAGAAGGCCUGGAGUCCAAUUUCAGGGAUUUUGUCUUCUCUUGGUCUUUGGAUUUUGUAUUCUGAUUUUUUUCAUAAGCAUUGUUUGUUUAUUAUUGUUAGUAUUUUGACCUAGCAGAAGGAAAUGGCAGAGUGGAGGUGGCAUGUGGAUACCGAGGGACGGACUCUAAAACUAUCUCAAGACACGACGUGCUGCAGUCUUAAAACAUAACGCUCCAUUUUCAAACCAUGUCACUUUGGAGGUUUUGGAAGUUAGUUCAAUAUGAAGUUUAGUAUGAUAGUACAGGCGAGUUUGGAAAGCCAAAUGUUUUUAAUAGAGAUACCGUCAUAUAAAGAAAAUAUCAGUACCUUCAAAGAAUUUGAGUUCUUUUUUCUGCAUCUUAAACUUCAAGCCUUGAAAUUGAAAUAAAAGUGACUUUUAUGGUAUCUCAACCUCUAAUA